CUGUACGCCUCCAAGGCGCUCUCCGCCGACUUCCGGGACGCCCCCGCGGCCCAGCGGCUCAUCAACGACUACGUGAGGGAGAAGACCCAGGGGAAACUGGUGGACCUGGUGGGAGACCUGGACGCAGGGACGGCCAUGGUCCUGGUCAGCUACACCUUCUUCAAAGCCAAGUGGAAGACGCCCUUUGACCCCAACGACACCUUCCAGUCCAAGUUCUACGUGGGCCAGGGGAGGUGGGUGACGGUGCCCAUGAUGAGGUCCGAGUACCUGAAGACGCCCUGCUUCCGCGACGAGGCGCUCGCCUGCUGGGUGGUGGAGCUCGGGUACGCGGGCGCCGCCAGCGCGCUCUUCGUCCUCCCGGACAAGGGCAAGAUGAAGGCGUCGCGGGUCCUCAUCACAGGCCCCAGCCUCGUGCCCGUCCUGUCCUUCCCGGGUGGGCGUGCGGUGCUGGGACAGGCGCAGAGCGGGGCACCUGACCCGUGGCCUCCCAUGUGGCUUCGGCCUGAAUGUUUUCUUCUGCCGAUGGAGCUCCACCUGCCCAAGUUCUCCCUCUCCAGCCUCUAUCACCUGGAAGGCGUCCUCCCCCGGCUGGGCAUGAGGAAGGUCUUCAGCAAGAAGGCCGACCUGUCGGGGAUCACAGGCGACAAGAACCUGGUGGUCUCUCAGGUGAGUCGACAGCGUGGACAUCAGCCUCCGCGUGGAGCUGGGAACAGCCAGGCCGGGCAGAGGCCAGGGAGUCUCCCAUCUCCACACAGAGCUGCCCUCCUCAUGACCAGUUGCCCCCAGGAGCUGGGUGCUGAGGCCUGGGCGGGCCCCUCCCUGCAGUCUCAUGGGACAGAGCCGGGCGUAGGGGAGAGCCUGGGGUGCAAUCGGCAGAGGACCCCCCCACGCUCCUCCCCUUACUGCCUGCAGAGCCCAUGGCUCAAGGCCUGUCCCCUCAGCUUUGUCACGGGUAAAUGCGGGGAGAGGUCUUGCCCAGUGCCCCUGCCCGGAGGAACAGGUCAGAGGCAGGAGGUGGUAGACACGGCUCUGGGGCGAUUGCCCUUCCUGUUCGCCAUCCUCUCCGAGGACACCCAGAGCAUCCUCUUCUGCGGCAAAGUGGCCAACCCCACAAUAAACCAGGGGCCUCGGCUCGGCGUGUCCCUGUGCCUUUCCGGGAUCUGCCUGACCCCACGCGCCUCAGGAGUCAGCGUGACGCUCAUGUCCGCGAGAAUCCCACGGGCCUCCGUGAAGUUCAACAGGCCCUUCCUGUUCGCCAUCCUCUCCGAGGACACCCAGAGCAUCCUCUUCUGCGGCAAAGUGGCCAACCCCAGCGCAGCCUAGAGCUCCCUCCCCCUCGUGCCCUGGCCGUGGAGGGCGCCUGUCUCCGGGGGCAGCCUGGCCCUGUGCACAGGGAGCUGGUGGGCCUCGCCCUGCCUGCUCCCUCCUGGGGGAGCGCCCGUGACUGCUGGUGGCUCCCACACGUGCCUCCGAGGCUCUGUGACCUCCGACAGCAAUAAACCAGGGGCCUCGGC